CUUCGCUGCAAAAAAUCUUUUUAUCUUUUUCAUUUUCUCUUUUCUACCUUUUGAAAGAGUAUUUUUAACUCAUCUUUCAAUCGAAAAUCACAUCCUAUUUUUUUCGACAAGAGGUAGCUGUUGAUCAUGGAUGCCCACAGCAUGCAGCACACACCAGGCGAACAGCCUUGGUUAAAUCAGCAACAAAUACAUUCAGACGCUUCUAGCGAAGUCGAUGUUGAGCAAGACAGAGAUUCUUCCGUUACCAUGGGUGAAGAUCUUUCUCGCACAGACACACGCGGAGGAUUUGGAGAACGUCGUGGUAAUGCUGUCAACAUUGAAACGGCGGUUCACGAUUAUGAAGAAUUACGAAGAGAAAUGACUCAACAGUCUCGUCGUAUGUCUAUGAGUCAAGGAGAGAAAGGAGGAGCUGCUGAUUUUGAUCUCAAUGACUACUUGACUGAUGCCAAAACUAAAAGUGAAGAGGCUGGCAUCAAUCGCAAGAACUUGGGUUUGGUCUGGCGAAAUUUGACUGUCAAGGGUCUUGGAGCCGACGCCAAACACAUUGCAACCGUCCACAGCUGGUUAGCAGAUACCGUACAGUUCUGGAAAUGGGGUAAACACCAAGGAACUGACCGUACCAUUCUCAACGAUAUCACUGGUUUCUGCAAGGAUGGAGAAAUGCUUCUCGUUCUCGGUCGUCCCGGUGCUGGAUGCACAACUCUGCUUCGAGUCCUCGCCAACAUGCGAGCCUCCUUUACUUCCAUCGAAGGCGAAAUCACCUACGGUGGUAUCGAAGCUAAGGAAUUCGGCAAGCAUUAUAGAGGUGAAGUCUGUUACAACGAAGAAGAGGAUAUCAACUAUCCUACUUUGACCACCAAGCAAACUCUUGAGUUUGCUCUCCGUACCAAGGCUCCUGGAAAGCGUUUGCCAUCAGAAUCCAAGAGUGAAUUCGUCAACAAGGUUAUUUACAUGCUAGGAAAUAUGCUUGGUCUUACUAAACAAAUGGACACAUUGGUCGGUAACGCUUUCGUCCGUGGUCUUUCCGGUGGUGAACGCAAACGUCUUUCCAUUGCUGAACAGAUGACCACGCGUUCCACCAUCAACUGCUGGGAUUGCUCCACUCGCGGUUUGGAUGCCUCAUCCGCUCUCGAUUAUGUUCGAUCUCUUCGUAUCAUGACCGACAUUCUACACAAGACUACCGUUGCUACUUUAUAUCAAGCAUCUGAUAGUAUUUUCAACUUGUUUGACAAGGUCAUGGUUCUCGAUGAAGGACGUUGCAUCUACUUCGGUCCCACGGCACAGGCUAAACCCUACUUCCAAGAAAUGGGUUUCUACUGCCCAGAUCGCAAAUCCACUCCUGAUUUUUUGACUGGUCUUUGUAACAUGCUUGAACGUCAAACUGUUCCAGGUCAAGAAAGAAAUGUUCCUCAGAAUUCAGUUCAAUUUGAGCGCGCAUACAAGGAGUCUCAAUUGUUCAAGAACAUGGAAGCUGAAUUAGUUGACUACGAAGCCAAGAUUGAAAAGGAAAAUCCCGCUGAAGUUUUCAGAGUGGCUAUGAAGGAAGCUCAUCAGAAGCAUGCUCCACACAAGUCUCCUUACACCGCUACUUACAUUCAGCAAGUCAAGGCUCUUACCAUCCGUCAAUUCCAGCUUAUUUGGGGUGAUAAGGGAUCCUUGAUUUCUCGAUAUGGUGGUGUCAUUGUCAAAGGUCUUAUUAUGGCAUCUGUCUUUUACCAACUUCAGCUUACUGCUGUCGGUGCUUUCUCUCGUGGUGGUGUUCUUUUCUUCUGUCUCUUGUUCAAUGCUCUUAUUGCUCAAUCUGAAUUGGCUACUUUCAUGCAAGGCCGCCGUGUCUUGGAAAAGCACAAGUCAUUUGCACUGUAUCAUCCAUCCGCUUUCUACAUCUCUCAGGUUAUUGCCGAUUUCCCUCUCGCUGUCAUUCAAGUUAUUAUCUUUCAACUUUGUGUCUACUUCAUGGUUGGCUUGGAUUUGACUGCUGGAAAGUACUUCACUUUCAUGAUCAUCUUGAUCGUGACCAACAUGUGUAUGAACGGAUUUUUCCGCUUCUUCGGUUCCGUUUCGCCCAAUUUCUUUACUGCCUCUCAGUUAUCCAGUAUCUUCUUGAUUGCAUUCUUGGUGUACUCUGGUUACCAGAUUCCUUACAAUCUCAUGCAUCCUUGGCUCUUCUGGAUUUACUGGAUCAACCCUAUUGCUUACGGUUACAAGGCUUUGAUUUCGAACGAAAUGACUGGUCAGCAUUAUACUUGCGAAUCUUUCGGCAGUUCCAUUCCUUUCGGACCUGGUUAUGACGACCCUAGAUACCGUACUUGUACCAUCAAGGGUGCUCAACCUGGUGACACCUACGAUUUGGGUGAUAACUACUUGUCCGCUACUUAUGGUUACGAAACAUGGCAACGUUGGAUCGACUUUGUCGCUGUCAUUGGCUUCUUCGUCUUGUUUACUGCUAUGACUGCUCUUGCUAUGGAAUAUGUUGAUCUCGUAAAGGAAGGCUCACUUACCAAGGUCUACAAGAAGGGUAAAGCUCCUGUUGAAGCUUCCGAAGAGGAUGAUCUAAAGGCCACUACUAAGCAAGAAGAAGCGGUUGAUGACUCUAUGCAGAACGUGGCCGAUGGUACUACUUUCUCUUGGCAUCAUAUGAACUACACUGUCCCUGUCAAGGGCGGAACUCGUCAGCUUUUGAACGAUAUCGGUGGUUUUGUCAAACCUGGACAUUUGACUGCCCUUAUGGGAUCUUCUGGUGCUGGUAAAACUACUCUUCUGGACGUCUUGGCCAAGCGCAAGACCAUCGGAAAGAUUGAUGGACGCAUUUACAUCAAUGGUGAAACCCUCGGUCCUGACUUUGAACGUACUACUGGCUACUGUGAACAGAUGGACGUGCAUUCUCCUAAUGCUACCGUUCGUGAAGCUCUCAAAUUCUCUGCUUAUCUCCGUCAACCCGCUAACGUUCCAAAGGCUGAAAAGGAUGCGUAUGUCGAACAAAUUCUUAAGCUUAUGGAAAUGGAAAAGAUUGCCGAUGCUCUCAUUGGUGAUAUUGAAUCUGGUGUUGGUAUCUCUGUUGAAGAACGCAAGCGUCUUACUAUUGGUGUCGAAUUGGUUGGAAAGCCUAAGCUUCUUUUCUUGGAUGAACCCACUUCUGGUCUCGAUGCUCAAUCUUCCUACAACAUUGUCCGCUUCAUUCGCAAGCUUGCCGAUGCUGGUUGGCCCGUGCUCUGUACCAUCCAUCAACCUUCCGCUACUCUCUUUGAACAAUUCGACCACUUGCUCCUUUUGGUCCGUGGUGGACGUACUGCUUACUUCGGUGAAAUUGGUGCUGAUUCCCAAACUAUGAUUCAAUAUUUCGAAGGUCAUGGUGGUCCCAAGUGCUCCCCUAGUGCUAAUCCUGCUGAAUACAUUCUUGAAGUUGUCGGUGCUGGUACUGCUGGAAAAGCCACCAAGGAUUGGGCCGAUGUAUGGGCUGAUUCACCUGAAUCCAAGGCUAUUGAACAAGAAUUGGAAGACAUCCACGGAGCUGUUGAUCAACACGCUAAGCAUCAUGUCUCGGCUUACUCUUUGAAUUUCUGGGGUCAAUUCUGGUUGGUUUACAAGCGCAUGAACGUCUCAUGGUGGAGAUCCCCUACGUACAACGUUGGUCGUUUCUUCAAUGUUUGCUUCUGUGGUCUGAUUUCUGGUUUCUCUUUCUGGAAGCUUGGAAACACUGCUUCGGAUAUGCAAAACCGAAUGUUCUGUGUCUUCACCAGUCUUAUCAUGUCUAACUCCCUUAUUAUUCUGGCUCAACCUCGUUUCAUGCAAGAACGGCAAUGGUUCCGUCGUGAAUAUGCCUCCAAGUAUUACAGUUGGGGUCCAUUUGCGUUGACCUGUCUUUUCGUUGAAAUCCCCUACAUCAUUGUCCUGGCCGCUAUCUUCAUGUUCUGUUUCUACUGGACCGCAGGACUUCCCACAGGCUCUGAACGUAUUGGCUAUUUCUACAUCUUGUUUGUCGUCUUCUUGUUUUUGGCUGUCUCAUUGGGUUUCGCCAUUGCUUCAUUCUCCUCAACUCCUACCAUGGCUGCUGUCAUCAAUCCAUUCUUUACUUCCAUCCUUAUCUUGUUCGCUGGUAUUGUUCAGCCCCCAUCUGCUAUGCCACACUUCUGGAGUUCAUGGAUGUAUUGGCUAGAUCCAUAUCAUUACGCUAUUGAAGGACUAGUCGUCAAUGCUCUAUAUGGUGUCAAGGUUGUUUGUGACGAGAAUGACUUGUUCACUCUCAUCCCACCACCUGGCCAAUCUUGCGGACAAUAUCUUGCACCUUACUUCCAAUCAGCUCCCGGUUAUGUUGCCAACCCCGACGAUACCACUAGCUGCAAGGUUUGUCAGUACAGUGAUGGUAGUGACUUCUACUCUCAAACUAUCGGAUGGGACUACAACAACCGCUGGAGAGACUUUGGCAUUGUUUGCGCUUUCUGCCUGUUCAACAUCGUCGCCUUCGUGUUCUUCGUCUGGUUGUUCCGUAAGCCACGUCGUUAAAUCACAUUUUUCUUUAUAUUUCGUUUGGUUAUUGCGAAAUGUCCUCGUCAAAUAACUAGAAUUCAGAGGUUACAACUGACCUACUAGAAAAGGAGUCAACUCCUACUAAAUGAAAGAAAAAUACCUCUCAAUUAAUCGCAUUGUCAUAUUUUGUAUUCUAUCGACGCACUUAUUUUCCAUUUUAAAUAAAUCUUUGCACUGUAACAGAUAUUAUCUCUUCUCAAUCCACAGAUGUUGA